AUGCAGUUGCGGAACCGUCUUGCGAGCUUGGCGACGGCAGUGUCUGCCCUGUCGUCAUCAACGCUCCCCCUCGUGGCUGCUGCGUCUGCUGCGUCGGUGUCUGUCAACGAGACGACGCCUCGACCGGACAAGGAUGGCAAGUUUUGGAUCUCGAGCGACGUUCUGAAGCUGGGUUUCGUCGAGUACGGAGCGUCCAUCUCGGACCUGCAGAUCGAGGACAAGAACGGCAUCAGGCGGGACGUCGUGGCGGGCUGGGACAACGCCACCUACUACACGCUCGACUCGGUGCACCCCACGUUCGGGGCGGUGCCGGGCCGCUAUGCCAACCGCAUCAAGAACAGCACGUUCGAGAUUGACGGACGGAGGUACAACGUGUCGGCCAACGAGAACGACGGGCGCGACACGCUGCACGGCGGCGCCGACGGGUGGAGCUGGCGCAACUUCACGGCCGUGGCCCACACGCCGUCGUCCGUCACCUUCUCCAUCGUCGACCCGGACGGCAAGGAGGGCUUCCCGGGACAGGUCAUCUCGUACGUGACGUACGCCGUCGACGGGCCGGACUGGUACAUAUCCAUCGUGGCCGUGUCGACGACGGAGAAGACGCCCAUCAUGCUCACCAGCCACACGUACUGGAACCUGGACGGCUUCGCCAACACCGGCACCAACACGGCCCUCAACCACACGCUCCACAUGCCCUACGGCCGGCGCCGCGUCGCCGUCGACGGCAUCCUCAUCCCCACGGGGGACAUCGUCGACAACCCGGAGGGCUCCGUCAACGACUUCUGGAGCCGGCCCAAGCAGCUGGGCGCCUCCUUUGGCGACCCGGACAUCCAGGGCAACUGCGGCACAGGCUGCGCCGGCUACGACAACUGCUGGACCGUCGACCGCGACGACGACGACGACGACGACGACGACGACACCCUGGGCCACGCCGACUGGCUGGCCGAGGAACCCCCGGUCGUCUCCGUACACUCCGACUUCUCCGGCAUCGGCAUCGACGUCUACACCGACCAGGCCGCCCUUCAGAUGUACGCCUGCAACGGGAUGGACGGCACCGUCGCCCUCAAGAGAGACCAGGGAUUCCACGGCGACGACGCAGAGUUCCCGCGCACCAUCCCCCAGUACGGCUGCCUUGUUCUCGAGGUCCAGGAUUACAUUGACGGCAUCAACAACCCGCAGUGGGGACGUCUGGACAAGCAGAUCUGGGGUCCCGACGACGGUCCUUAUACCGUCCGAGCAAAGUACCACUUUACUGUUGACAAGUAA